AUGACGAGGAAAUCAGGCCACCCGGAGGAGGUCGAUAUCGGCUCCCUCACUAUCUCGAGGGCGGGGCAGCAGCAUGUGGUGGAGUCGUCGUCCUCGAGCGAUGUGGAACAAGCGAUCAGGCAGGAAAAUAUAUCCGCGGGCGACAUCGGCAUACCUCAUCAACCAUCACGAAUCCGUCCUAAGGCGAAGACGAUGCCAGAUGUUACUACAAACCAGCCCUACGCGGCGCCCAGUAUACUUGGUUUCGCCAUGGAACCUGAGAAGGUGCAGAAAAUGCAGCGGUGGAUCAUCGGACUUGUCGUCGUGAACUUUGACCUCGACCUGGGUCCCGUCAUCCAUUCCAUAUACCCCGACCUUGCUUUCUCCAAGGAGACGAAUCAGAAUAUAGCCUUUUCAUCCUUCCCUGAUUCCCUGCAAUUUGCAGAGGGCGUAAUGGAUCACUCAUUCCGCAUCCGCGACUCGGGCACGCGCUCAGGGCCAGCAGAUAUCGAUGGUUUCAUCUAUGGCUUUUCGCACUUUACGCAGCACAGGGACAGCUCGUCCAAGCGCGGAUACCUGCAGCGGUCAUUCGUGCUUCUUACCCAGCACGCUUACCCAGCUUUGUUCAGUCACAUUUCAGCCAAACUCGGCUCACUGCACAACAGUCAUGGCGAGGCCAUGCUAGAGGCGGCAUGCCACAACAUCGCUAGCUGGUCAGACCCGACGGCAGGGUCAACCGUCGAACUUGGUUUUCUAGGCUCCGUGUUGCGUGUUCAGCUCCCGCAGGACCUGGACGAGCCACAGCUAUCCCAGAUCGCGUCGGACAUGGGCGAGCAUUAUAUACCCGCCUCGUUAGCUCCAGCGUCGCCUGCUAUUCUUGCUCAAUUGGACGCGGCUUUAUCCCACCUGUGGUCCAUCUGGGAAUGUCUGGUUCUCUGCGAACCUUUGCUGAUCUACGCACCCUCUCCCUCCAUGACGUCUCAAGUCGUCUGGUGGCUACGCGAUCUGCUCAGACCGAUACCGUCAGCCACAGAUUUCCGGCCCUACUUCACGAUCCACGAUGAUGAAUACCCGGCACUCGUUAACCCCCGUAUACGACCGAAGUCAGGGCUGCUCCUCGGUGUGACGAAUCCGUUCGUCAGCACCGAGUGUUCUCAUUGGCCACACGUGCUCAGUCUCGGUCGGGAGUCCAGCGGCAGAGCAGAUGGUGCGGGACACGUAGCGGGCCCAGCACCGGGCUGGACGACGAAGACCCACAAGCGGUACAUCUCCAAAGACCGCGCAUUGCUGAAACGCAUGGAGAAUGCGCGCGGACACGCUGUUGCUGAAGCCGAGCUAUCGCACCUCAUCCGACGUCAUUUCUCCUCGCGCACGACCUCCCUCCUCGCCCCGCUCAAUCGGUACCUCAACACGCUCCUGCCUUCUGCCCCGUCUUCUCUUGCAGUGACCUCCAUCACACCCUCCCCAUCUCCAUCGCCGUCUCUCACGUCCCUCUCUUCUCUCUCCGCACCUGGGCCCUCGCCUUCUCUCAUGUCCCUCCCCAACUCCUCAACACUCUCGGCAUCCCACCCGCCGCCCCACUCGUCCUCCUCCUCUCAUUCGUCACGUCAGGUUCCACCCGAUUCUUUCAAGAAGCCGACCGCCCGCCUAAAGCCGUUCUCGCAGACCGCCUUCCUCGCUUCUCUCAAGGCGGGCGGGGCCGCACUACCGUUCAAGUCAGCUGCGAAGCAGAAGGAGUUCUAUCAGCGCUGGCUGAAGACGCCCGCGUUUGGGAUGUGGUUGGCGAGGCAGGAAGAAGUGGUUGGGAGGGUAUUUGGAGGGUAG